CAUAGUUCCCCUUGCCUGAGGUGUGUGAGUCGUUCCUCCGGUGCUCAGUGCUCAGAUUUUGUGGAUAUUGUGGAUAUUGACAGGUUCAAUCAGUGUUUAUCCCUCGGACUGGCUGUAUGCUGAGCUGUUAGAUCAUCAGCGUAAGGUAAGCGAGCCGAUAACGUUGGUGUCUUGUUGGAUCCUCUAGCGGCGUGAGGUCGAAGUCUUCACGUGUGCAUUGAAGAUGCAGUAAACCGGAGGAAGUCCAUAACCUCUCCUGCCGCUGCUGCUGCCAUGGGGAUUCUCAAUUCGCGUGCUGGCCUUCGUGCCCUCGCCCUCGCCACCCUGCUGGGCCUCGUGUCCGUCCAGGCCACCUCGUCCACUUCAUCGUCCACCGCCCUCGACGUUUCGCCCAAUAACAAGGAUGACGAACUCCAGAAACUCGGACCAGGUAAGACACAACUGGUUAGCUGCUCCUGGACGUGGCCUCUACCUCCAGGGGUCUCAGUUUUGCUUCCAGAUUUGAAAUUGAAAAAGGUCCUUAUUCCCAGAGAGCUCCUGGAGACAUUAGUAAGUACAAUUCAUAAUUUACCACAUUUAGACAGCACUUGGAAACUGGCAAUAUUUACCUGUAUAGUCGAACUCCCUCCCAUCAGGUAGAAUACAAUGUCUUAGACUGAAUUUUGUUGGAUUACAUGUAUUUUGUUAUGGAGGAGAGAGACUCUAAGGGGCGGGAGGACGUGAAAAAGAGAGGUGCAGUUGCCGUGGAGAUACUGACGCACGGAACAAGUAAAGAUAGAAGGCAAUAAAAAAAAAAAAUCAUCGUAUAGGAAACCGCAAGGAAGAGGAAAGGAAAAUAAUGUUCAGUAAAGCGUGU